AUGAACCUAACCUCAACCGAAUUCUGGUUUAUUCCUACGGAUAUUCUCAUGAUUAUAUGCACAGUACUAAUUAUCAUUCUUGCUACUCUUUUCCUAUUUAUUAUCGUUCUGCAUAAGACGUGUCAUACGAUCUCGAUGAUGUUAGUCGCAAAUACUUGUUUAACAACACUGGUCUUAGGAUGUGUAUCGUUAAGUUUAAGUUUAUUUACAUUAGAAAACGAUCUGAAACAAGUUUACUCUGAAGAUUCACUUUGCGUUCUUCGAGCCUAUCUGAACUACGCAGUAUCUGCUGAAUUCAUGUUUUCGUUUUCAUUACAAGCUCUCUAUCGAUAUAUUACAGUGGUCUAUCGUACUAAUUUGUACUGGCAAACAUUCAAAUGUCAAGCUCUAUUUAUCUGUAUCACAUGGAUCUUCUCUUUGACGUAUCCAGUGGUAUUCAUAUUCCUUCAUAACAUAACUUAUAAUGCUGACAAUCAAAUAUGUCAGUUACCUCUUGGAUUAUCUUUUUCGUUAUUUUAUGGAGUCUUUUGUAUUUAUCUCAUUCCUGUGUCGAUGACUAUGUUCAUAUAUUUUAAACUAAUUCUACAUAUAAGAGAAUUAGGUCAUAAUACGAUGAUUGUUCAUACAUUGAUCCGCGUACAGCGAGAAUUGAAAAUGGUACAACGUAUAAUCAUGCUUCUGAAUAUAAUCGUGACAAUCGGUGUUCCCUAUGGCAUCUUUGUUUUCAUCUCAUUUUUCACCACGCCACCGAAGUAUCAUUUUCGUAUUGCUUUCAUAUUCACCGAUGCAUCGAUAUUGAUAGCACUGAUUGCUUUACUUCAAUUUACCGAUCUGCUGAAAAAGUCGUUAGUAAGAAGAUUUCGACAGCAACCAAAUGUCGUUGCUGCUGCUGCAGGAAGAACAUGA